GCCAGAGCAAGAUGGCCGACACGGCGGCUACUGCCGGGGCCGGCAGCUCCGGAACGAGAUCAGGAAGUAAACAGUCCACUAACCCGGCUGAUAAUUACCAUCUGGCUCGGCGGCGAACUCUGCAAGUGGUGGUGAGCUCCUUGCUGACAGAGGCGGGGUUCGAGAGCGCUGAGAAGGCGUCGGUGGAAACCUUGACGGAGAUGCUGCAGAGCUACAUCUCGGAAGUCGGGCGGAGCGCCAAGUCGUACUGUGAGCACACGGCUCGCACCCAGCCCACGCUGUCGGACAUCGUGGUCACCCUGGUCGAGAUGGGUUUCAACGUGGACACUCUCCCCGCUUACGCAAAACGGUCUCAGCGGAUGGUGAUCACUGCCCCUCCUGUGACCAACCAGCCGGUGACCCCAAAGGCCCUCACUGCAGGGCAGAACCGGCCCCACCCGCCGCACAUCCCCAGCCACUUUCCUGAGUUCCCCGACCCCCACACCUACAUCAAGACGCCGACCUACCGGGAGCCCGUGUCCGACUACCAGGUCCUGCGGGAGAAGGCCGCGUCCCAGCGCCGCGACGUGGAGCGGGCGCUCACCCGCUUCAUGGCCAAGACGGGCGAGACCCAGAGUCUCUUCAAGGACGACGUCAGCACCUUUCCACUGAUCGCUGCCCGGCCCUUCACCAUCCCCUACCUGACGGCCCUGCUGCCGUCCGAGCUGGAGAUGCAGCAGAUGGAAGAGACGGAUUCCUCGGAGCAGGAUGAGCAGACGGACACGGAGAACCUCCCUCUUCAUAUCAGCACGGAGGAUCCUGGAGCCGAGAAGGAGAACAGCUCGGCCCUGCAGCAGAACCCCUCCCUGGCGGGGACCCGGAACGGGGAGGAGAGCGUCAUUGAUAACCCCUACCUGCGCCCCGUGAAGAAACCCAAGAUCCGCAGGAAGAAGUCCCUCUCGUGAGCCUCGGACAAAGCCUGCCCGGGAGGGAGGAGGAGAAAGGGCCUCCUGGCGUCGCUAGCAGGCGGCCGGGAUGCAGCUGGCCAGGACUUUAAAGCUGACCCGUCUUCCCUGGAUGGACGAAGCUGUCUGGGUGGGCUUCGUUUCUUAUCCCAAGAGUUGGUUUUCUCAGACCCUGGAGGCCAGGCCACGGGCAGGCCAGAAAGGAUUCUCUGUGUGCUGCCCACUCACCUGAGACCCCUGGGCCCCUCCCCAGCCUCACAGGUGGCGGGUGAUCGUCCCUUUGUCUCCUUCUGUCUCCUCUCCCCGUGGAGCUGCCGAAGGCUGGCCCUUCCCUCAGUCCCCGCACUGAAGUGAUGGCAGCCGAGAGCCGCCAGUGUCCCAGGAGCUUGGUCUCUCACUGUCCCUCUGCGGAAUGUGUGCGGGGACUGCCAGGCCAGCAGCUGUUCUGUAUUGUGGCUGAAUGGACGAACCGGAUCUUAGACCCACAGGAUAGGGUGGGAAGGGAAGGGCUGGCCCUGUGCGUGCAGGGUAGAAGCCAGCUGAGAGCAGCCUGCAGGCCAGGCUGGCUGUGCAGCCCGAGAAGCCGAAUCCGCACCCCCCACGGCCUCCUGGAUGAGAAGACUCCUCCCCUGCCACGUGUGUCCUUGCUGCUACCCGCCCACCCCAGGACUAGUGGAAGGAAGAUGGCGGGCCAGCCACUGGGGUUGGGGGUCUCCAAGGGAAGAUCUCUCGAAACCCACCCAGGGGAGAAGAAAGGCAGUGAUGUGACGUGUGGACGGGCUCACAGUGCAAGGAGGGGGGCUCCCCAGGGCUGCCCUGCCCGCCUGAGGGUCUGUCCUGGGUGAGAGAUGCUCUGAGAUGCCCAGGGGGCUGGCACAUCUCCCUGGCUGCUGUGUAAGGCAUGCACACGUCUCCCCGUGUGUAUUUAUGAAUUUCUAUUUUUUUAUGGAACUAUAUGGGAACUCAUGAAGGGAAAGAGGUAACGAGCCAGAUUAAGAAUGUGAAUUGUGGGGCUGGAGCAACAGCACAGCGGGAAGGGCGUUUGCCGUGCACGCCGCCGACCGGGGUUUCUUAUCCCAAGAGUUGGUUUUCUCAGACCCUGGAGGCCAGGCCACGGGCAGGCCAGAAAGGAUUCUGGCCUGGCAUCCCAUACGGUCUCCGGAGCACCGCCAGGAGUGAUUCCUGAGUGCGGAGCCAGGCGGACCCCCUGAGUAUCUCCGGUGUGUCCCCAAAAGCCCCUUCCUCACCCCCAAAAUAUGUGACUGUGUUCUCUGUUAAAAUUCAAUAAAAAGAAAAAUGUAUGAAUGAA